UCUAUGGUCUGUCUGCCUCUGCAAUCUAUAUUUGUCGUCUGUGUCUGUAAUGUUUUGUUUGCUUUGCAAUUUUGUCUAAAUUCUAACAAAGCAAAAGUCAGUGUGAUCAUUAAACUGUUUUGAGUUACUAAAAUCUUCCUGUCUAACGUUCGGUGAAUAUUCAUAUUAUAAGCAAUGUCUGAUGAAGGUAUAGUAAGUGCAAAAAGCCAAAUACUAGAUAUUUUUUCUGAACUCGAUGAUAUUGAGUUAAAAUCGAUUGAAGAAUGGAUUUGUUCUCUAUCCUAUAAAAAAGAUCUGGAAAAAAAGAAGCAUCUGAUUAAUUCAGCCAAGUUAUUAAAGAAGAUUGGAGAUUCUUUAAUUAAAAUUGUGCCUUUCGAAGCUGAAAUGCCAACUGAAAAUAUCAGACCCAGUAAUGUUGGAGAUUUAGCAGAUUGCCAACAACAUAAUACUUGCCAUGUUGACGAGUUUCUGUAUGAUGAAAAGCAGGUAACUGAAAUGGUAAUGAAGGGAAAGCUGAAAAAACAAUAUUGUCUGGAUUGCAACUCUCGCAACAUUGAGGAUUUAACUGUAAUAUCACAUUCAAUGUCAAGCCAGACUCUUCAAUGUAUAUUCAAAGUAGUUUUGCCAGAAGAUUUGGAAGGCAAGCAAGUAUUAGAUAUAGGGUCUCGUCUAGGAUCAGUUCUAUAUGGUGCAUAUCAUCUCUCUAAUGCCUCAAAAAUAGUUGGCAUAGAGAUAAAUAAGGAAUGGUGUGAAGUACAGGAAAAGAUAAUUGCUAAGUACUCAAUGGACUCUGACAGGAUAUCAGUAAUAAAUUCAGAUAUAUUAGAAAGACCAGAUAUAGUACAAUGUUCAGAUAUUAUAAUAUUAAAUGUUCUCGACUUCUUUGUUGAUGAAGAAAAACAAAGAGAUAUUUGGUAUUUCUUUAAGAAACACUUCAAAAAGGGUAGCUAUUUAGUUUUGAACAGAGCUGUGAAUGAAACAUUGGGCUGUUUAGGUAUAUACGAGGGUUUAAUAAAUUGGCUGAGCAUAUGUAAACCUAAUCAAAUGGAAAAUGAAAUACUUUUUGAUCCAGAAGUUUGUAGUGAAAUAUAUUUGUAUUCCAUAAAUUGAAAAAAAGUUGCUGUUUUA